AUGGAGUCAUCCGACAAGGUUGUGGAAACGGUGAUGGUAGGGAAUUAUGUAGAAAUGGAGACAGAAGGGAAGCCCAGAGACAUGAAAACCAGGAUUUCCAAGUUCUUUUGGCAUGGUGGCUCUGUUUAUGAUGCUUGGUUCAGCUGUGCUUCCAAUCAGGUGGCUCAGGUGCUGCUAACACUGCCAUACUCAUUCUCGCAGCUGGGAAUGAUGUCCGGGAUAAUGUUCCAGCUGUUUUAUGGGUUGAUGGGAAGCUGGACGGCUUACCUCAUUAGCAUUCUCUAUAUUGAGUACCGCACCCGUAAAGAACGUGAAAAAGUCGACUUCAGAAACCAUGUCAUUCAGUGGUUUGAAGUUCUUGAUGGGCUGCUUGGAAAGCAUUGGAGGAACGUGGGUUUGGCGUUUAACUGCACAUUUCUUCUGUUUGGAUCCGUGAUUCAGCUCAUUGCUUGUGCUAGCAACAUAUACUACAUAAAUGAUCAUCUGGACAAGAGAACUUGGACUUACAUCUUCGGAGCAUGUUGUGCUACCACUGUGUUUAUACCUUCAUUUCACAACUACCGAAUCUGGUCUUUUCUGGGAUUGAUCAUGACUACCUACACCGCUUGGUAUCUCACCAUUGCUUCCCUUGCCCAUGGCCAGGUGGAAGGGGUGAAGCAUUCAGGGCCUAGCAAGAUGGUAUUAUACUUCACAGGGGCAACAAACAUCCUCUAUACAUUCGGGGGUCAUGCCGUUACUGUAGAAAUAAUGCAUGCAAUGUGGAAGCCACAAAAAUUCAAGGCAAUAUACUUGCUGGCAACGCUGUAUGUGUUGACACUGACGCUGCCAUCAGCAUCAGCAGUGUAUUGGGCGUUUGGGGACAUGCUUCUGAAUCACUCCAACGCCUUUGCUCUUCUCCCAAGAUCUCCUUUCAGAGACAUGGCUGUUAUCCUCAUGCUCAUUCAUCAGUUCAUAACAUUUGGAUUUGCAUGCACCCCAUUGUAUUUCGUUUGGGAAAAGGCAAUAGGAUUGCACGAAUGCAAGAGCCUCUGCAAGCGGGCUGCAGCUAGAUUGCCUGUUGUGAUUCCUAUUUGGUUUUUGGCCAUCAUUUUCCCUUUCUUUGGACCGAUCAACUCCACUGUUGGAUCCCUUCUUGUUAGCUUCACUGUCUAUAUCAUCCCUGCUCUAGCGCACAUCUUCACUUUCAAGUCUGCUGCUGCCCGAGAGAAUGCAGUGGAACAACCUCCAAAAUUUGUGGGGAGAUGGGUUGGAACAUUUGUGAUCAAUAUCUUUGUGGUAAUCUGGGUACUUAUUGUUGGCUUUGGAUUUGGUGGCUGGGCUAGCAUGGUGAAUUUCAUCCACCAGAUUGACACAUUUGGGCUUUUCACCAAGUGCUACCAAUGCCCUCCUCCUCAACAGAUUCCACCCCAUCCCCUCAACGCCACCGCCCCUCUAGCUCCACCUCCAACCGCCAAUCUCAGCCAGCCCCCCCACCACAUCAAUCACAGGCCUUGAGCUAUUGAAGAGUUGUUGAUGGAAUCUUCAAGUAACUUACAUGUGGUUGCCAUGAAUUAGAAAAUCAAUGUGGGAUCAUAUGGAGAUUGGCUGGAAAUGAGACUUGAAUGGAUCAUAUUAUGCAUUUCAAAUAUCAUUAAUUUGGGUAAGGUUGGUUGGUUUAGAUUAGCUGGGAAGUUUGAUUUGUUUGUAUUUCGACAAGGAAGAAAAAAAAAAAUCUAGCAUGUAUCAAGCAAGUGUAAGAGGAAUUUGUAUCUCAAACCAGGAGACUAGAGCUAGCUAGAAGUUUUGCAGAUGAUCUGUUAAGCUAUUCGUUAUAAAUUAAUAUGGCAUCUAUGUUAAUACCUCUGUGAUCUGCUCUGCACUCAUUUUAUUUUAUUUUAUUUUUUGGAAAAAAGUGCACUUUAUCUUUAAG